AUGGUGAUGCAAAAAGCUCAAGCUGCACUUAAACUGUAUCGUCACUAUGAGGAAGAAUUCUGGAGGCAAAAAGUUGGGAAGGACUGUUUCUCAGAAGCUGAUAAAAAUACAAGAUUUUUCCAUAGUCUGGUAAAAGGAAGAAGGAAAAGAAUCCAGAUCAAGAAGAUCCAAGAUGCUGAUGGAAUUUGGUUAGAGGAUGCUGAUAGAGUUGCUGUUGAAGUUGUUAACUUUUAUCAUAAGCAAUUUACUCAUGAGGAGGUUAGUGAAGAUUCUCCAAUUCUUAAUCAUAUUCCUGAACUGAUUAGAGAGGAGGAUAAUAUGUUACUUGCUGAACAACCUACUAUGGAGGAAGUACAGAAGGCUGUGUUUGAAUUAAAUGGAGAUAGUGCUUGUGGCCCUGAUGGUUUUUCUAGGAUCUUUUAUCAGAAGUGUUGGGAGGUGAUCAAUGCUGAUUUAUUUAGUGUUGUUAAAGCUUUCUUUGAUGGUCAGACUCUUCCCAAAUCAAUCAAUCACGCUAAUCUAUUAUUGCUACCAAAGAAGAAUGUUGUUGAGUCUUUCUCUAAUAUGAGACCUAUAAGUCUUAGCAACUUUAUUAAUAAGGUCAUAGCUAGAGUAGUUCAUGAUAGAUUGGACAAAUUACUUACAAGGGUGAUAUCUCCAAAUCAAUCAGGUUUUGUCAAGGGCAGGAAUAUUAUUGAGAAUGUAUUGUUGACACAAGAAAUUGUAACUCACAUAAGGAAGAGAGGAAAACCAGCAAAUGUUGUGAUUAAGUUGGAUAUGACAAAAGCAUAUGACAAGCCUAGUUUUGUUGGUUAUGGGAUGCCAAAGUGGAGUGCUGAGCUGAAUCAUCUUGCAUAUGCAGAUGAUACAAUCAUCUUUUCAUCUGCAGAUAACUACUCUUUGCAGAUGAUCAUGGAUACUCUUCAAGAAUAUGAGAAGAUAUCUGGACAGCUGAUAAACAAGAGGAAAAGUUUAUUUUAUAUGUUCAACAAAGUUUCUAAUGAAUUGAGUCAACAGGUUGAAGCAGUAACAGGAUUUGUGAGAGGGCAAUUUCCUUUUACAUAUCUUGGAUGGCCAAUUACUCAUGCCAGGAAAAGGAAAGUUGACUAUACUGAGUUAUUGAAGAAAGUCAAAGACAAGUUGCAAACUUGGAAAGGAAAGUUACUGUCUUAUAAUGGAAAAGCAGUUUUGAUCACAAGUGUUCUACAAAGUAUUCCAAUUCAUUUUUUAUUUGCUAUAAGGCCUCCUAAAUGUGUUAUAAAAGAACUACACAAGAUCUUUGCAAAUUUCUUUUGGAAUAAUAAGGAGGAAGGAAGAAGCAGACACUGGUCAUCUUGGCUUAACAUGUGCUUUCCUAAACAUGAAGGAAGAUUGGGAUUUAGGUCUAUUUAUGACAUGUCCAAAGCCUUAUGUGCUAAAAUUUGGUGGAAGUUUACAACCUCUAGUUCACUUUAG